CCGAGGGGAUGCUGGGCGAGGACCCGUCGCUGACAGUCACGCUACACGACCCUGGGGUCAACGACCUUGGCCUCUACGAGUGCCAGGUGACCUACUUUGAUGAGAACAUGAACGUCAAGGUCUUUGCUGACACACUGGAGGUCAGGCAGGAGAUGGAGCUUAGCGUGGAGACCCUAGAGUCCCGCGUGCAGACAUUGGAGGGGAAGUUCCCCGUGAUCAUGAUGUUGGCUGAAGCCAUGCAGCAGGCAGCCAUAGAAGCCAAGAGUGCAGACGAGACCCUGAAGCAGGAUGUGACGUCACUGAGGCAGGAGAACAAACAAAUUCUGGAGACCAUCGCGGCUCUCUCUAGAGACAUUCAGAGUCUUACAGUACGAAUCGAGGCUAGCGACAAAAAUCAGGCGGAGGCAGCCACUAGAGUGAACAAUGAGGACCUAAUGAGAGUGAGGCAGAGAAUGGAGGACCUAGAGAACACGAGCCUCCGAGUGUUAGAAGACAGGAUGAGACAUAAGGAGCAAGGAGGGCAGUCUGGAGUUGAGGGCAGACAAACUGUGGUUUAACCUCAACGUCACCAUGGAGGAGAGGGUCUCUAAGCUGGAGAAGAUUAACUGGAGCAGUUUUGUACAGCGUCUAGACAUGUUGGACUUGAAGACCAUCCCCGUCCUACAGAACAACGUCAGCUUCGUGCUGGAGAGUCUUGUUGCCAUGGAGAAAACUAUUGACUGGGUUAUAGCCACGACGAAUCUGUCGAUAAGCGAAUUGAACAGUGUGUUACAAUCUUCGGCAAUUACCUCCCCUGGUCCAGUGAUUGCAACAACAGCAGAAACUGGUAGCCACAUUACGCUGUUACUAAAUUUAGAUCUAUUUAGGAAACAUACUAUAUAAAUUGCGUAGUUGUUUUUAUUAAUUUCACAAUUCCUGCUUAUUGUGAUAUAAAUUUAUUUAGAUACUUAGUCAUGCUUUAUUUAUAAACCUAUUGUAAGGUAACAGCAGAAGAGUCCUUUU